ACUUCUCGGACCACUGGAUUGGAAUUGUAGACAACCGGACAGGAGAAAAGCGGAGGAGAACGAACCCCAAUUUCAUAGAGGUGUAUUGAAAUACCGCUACAUACAAAUCUAUUUUCGCAAGAACCAGAACGAAUCUACACUCGAUUGCGUCCUUUUCUUCAUUGACUGCGUCUCUCCAUUACCUCUUCCUCCACUACACCACUGCCACCCACCGCCGAGCUCCACCGUCGCCUCCUCCACUUAAUAAUGCCUGCUCAAAAGCGCCCACGCCAAACCAACACUCCGCCUCCUUCUCCUCCGCCGCAGCUCGAGGUGGAAAAAGCCGGUGAUUCACUCCAAGGCAGCGAGAAUCCUGACCACGAACAACCUGAAAACGCCUCUGAUUCCGAAGGGAGUUCUUACUCUAGCUGUGGAGAAAAAGACGAAUUUAUUAUCGUGAAGCUGGCAGAAAUACGGAAGGAAGUUCAGUGUCCAAUUUGUUUGGGCAUCAUUAGGAAGACAAGGACAGUCAUGGAAUGCUUACAUCGCUUCUGCAGGGAGUGCAUUGACAAAUCCAUGCGCCUUGGGAAUAAUGAAUGUCCUGCUUGCCGCACACAUUGUGCUAGUCGCCGUUCUCUAAGAGAUGAUCCAAACUAUGAUGCCCUGAUUGCUGCUUUGUACCCGGACAUAGAUAAGUACGAGGAAGAGGAAUUGGCUUUCCAUGAAGAGGAGAUAGCACGCAAUAAACAGAUCCAAGCUUCAAUUGCCCAGACUUUUCGUCGUCAAGCAGAAGCUCUUGGAAAGAAACGAACAUCAACUAGAGCCACUGCAGCCACAUUUGUUAGGAGACAAGGCAAUUAUCGAAAUUUGAGAGGUCGGAGAAACCAUGGUAUUGUUGAACACCAGGGUUCCGACGAAGAGGAAGGAGCUAAUGGGCCUGAUGGUAGCAAAGAAUCUUCUUCCGCUGAUGAGCACUCUGCUGAAGCCAAAGUGAAAAAAUACAAAAGAUGCAGAGCUCGGACUUCACAGCCAUCAUCAGGAGCCAAUGCAGAUGGAGGUUAUGAUGAUAACGAUUCAGAAAUGAACAGAGAGUUACUUGGUGCAUCUGCUGCACUUGUUGGUAAUAAAGAAUUUCUUGCCUGGGGAAGAGGUGGCGUGCGCAGUAACAGCCGACACGGUGGCCUCAAUUGGGUCAAUGGCAGGCUUUCCAGGAAUAAUCGGCUCCCAAAACUGAUCAAUCACCUCAGAUGUUCACAUGAAAAUGAUGAGUUGAAAAUUAGUCUGAUGCUUGUUUCGUUGCACGAGAAGAUUCCUAGCUUGAAGCGACCUUACAUCUGCUGCAGCCCCACAUCAUCAGUUAGACACUUAUGCCAGUAUGUUGCUAUGCAGACAUCUGUGGAAGCUAGUGACAUUGAGAUGCUAAUGGUACAAGAUUUUCAUCCAGUAAACAACUCUUCGACUUUCAUAAUGGAACCUGCAAUCUUAAAUCCUUGCCAAAACGAGCUGCAGUUGUUGAACGAGCAUCAGACCUUAGAGGAAAUUCAUGCCAGAUUUACUCAGCAGAAUCUGGUUUUAGGAUACCGCCAAAAGGCACAAGAGGAUGGAAACUGAUCAGAUUGAGCUGCUGUCCUUCUGGGUGAAUAUGAUGCUGGAAGAAAGCCUCUUCAGGUUUCUUGAAAAGCUACUAGAUGUAUACUGUAUACUGUGUUUAGAAGUUCAAAAUUAUACACACAAGCAACUAAAUACUAGAGGAAUUGGUGGAAUAGUCUCGUUUGUUGUCUCAAUACUUGUCUGCUUAAUCUAUAUGAUGGGUAUAGGCCUUAUACGCAGAGUUUUGUAUAGGCGUCAAAAUGUAUUGUUUCAUUGUAUGUUUGAUCAUUCUGACGUGAAACUUGAAUGCACUGUUUGAUUUGUUUCA